GUACUAGUAGUAGGUCCGUCGUGUCUGUAGGCGUUGUUGUGAUUUGUCAUGUGACCGUGAAAAUACAAUGGAAGUUACGAAAAAUACCUGUCUUCUUUCAAAAUGCCCAGUAGAUAGAAUUGAGGAGUUUGGUCAUGGACUGAUUGAUGGAAUUCUGGGUAGGGCCAGGUUAAGGUACAAAGACUAUGGUAAAAUAUGGGAUAUUGAAGAGUGGUUCGAUGUGCUUGAUGCUUGCCAACGAUGUGUCAAAAAGAUGUCUCAAAAAGAAUUAACUAAAGAACAGGUGUCUCAGCUUUUUGAUGGCGUUCCCGCUGACCACGUCCAAGGCUUUGUAGGUUGUGUAAACAUACGAGCAGUAGAAUUGCGGCAACACCUACUUGAAGAAGUAACAGCAAUAUCUCAUUCACAUCUCCAAAAUUUUGAUUGGAAAUUAAAGUUGGCUUUAUCUAGUGACAAGAUUUCAUCGGUUCAAGAGCCGUUAGUAUCCGUAGACUUUGACAUUAGUUCCGGCGAUGAAACGGAAACCGUGUCGUUAGAAAUGAACCAAGACGAAUUCAAGAAGUUUGUCAAUUCACUGGAAGCUGCAAGCAAGGUUGUAUUACAAAUGCAGACUUAAGGCUGACUUUCCAGAUUUUCUGUAGAUGGCAUAAGAUAUUAGUGGCAGAUCCACAACAUUUAUGGUGCAAGUGGCAAUUGAGGGGUGAAGGGGUGGAACCUAUUGAGAGAGAAUGUUUUGGGGUGUCCCUUACAUUUUGUGAGGGUUCAGGGAAGCUUUGGAGUUUUAGCCAUUUUAAUCUCUUACCUAAAUGAUUUCAUAUUAAUUGGUUAGUGAUCGUUUGGCUACUGCUGGGGAUUGAGAGUGGGUGGGGUGCACCCUUUGAUCCGCUACUUGAAUAUCCAGCUUAUAUUGUAUUCAAUAAUCAAGCAGUGACCAAAGAGGAAUUGCCAGUCAGGGACAUAAUGGCAGGAGGCUCAUAUGACCAUUCAUGCACACUGUGGUAGCUCCUAAAAUUUGGAGGAAGGUGGAGGGGCCAAAAAUGUGAUGGAGGUCCAAUCCAGGGGGUCCUUUAUGACCCCUUGGUCACAGCCCUGAAGUGAAGCCCUUUUUUGUUGGGAGGGGGAGGUUGUGGGGGAAAGAUUUUAUGAUUUUUGAAGUUGUGGUCUAAAUUGCAAAUUUAAGAGAACUGCAAUACAACUUUUGGUUUGACCAACAAAUUAAAAUGUUUGUG